GGGGGACGACGACAGUAAAAUCCAAAACCAAGGGGAGUGCAAACUUCUGCUGUUGAUGGUAUAGUGAAGAUAUAAAGACACGGGCACUAAGUGCUGUUGGUGGAGUCUGAUCAGUAAAAAUAUGAGAAAUUAAUGUUUAUUUAUUUUUAUUAUUUUUUUUACUUUAGUCUCAUUGAUCUUUGAUUGCUUGAAGCAGGACGCUGCCAGUACAUUACUUUCCCUCCUCUCAUUGCUCUAAUGUUCACCUUUCCCAGCAAUUUUUCACAUCAAUAUGGAAUACAUUCAUAUUCCUACCUGCAGUUGAAUUAUGUCAUUGAAUGGAGUUUUGUUUCCCAGUCCUCCUUUUACACUGGUUUUGAUCAUUUUUGGUGUAUUGGUAGCUCUGAUGUGGGGCCUCCUGAGGAACAAGUUGAGAAGCAUUUUUAUAAUAAGGUGAGAUUUGUUUCAGUGCCAGUGAACUCUAUAACGUGAUUGUCAUAUCAGUGUUUUACAAGCCUUUUGCACUAUACAUUUUGUACAGUGUGUGUAUAUUUGUAUUUUAACACUUGCAUGUUUUGAUUCUGUAAAUAUACAUAAAGAAUCACAUUGUACAAAAAAAAAAAAACAAUCAUGUCAGUAAAAUUUGUCAGAAAACAUGUCUCAAUUCAUGCAAUUCCUGGUGUCUCGGGGAAAAAAUGUAUUUGAAAUCAUAACGUUUUACAUUUACAUCAGUGAGUAAUACAAAGCCUUAACCAUUGAGCUACCUCUUUAUGAGCAUUGUUUUAAAGUUUUAAAAUCAACAAUUAGACACCACCUGUCUGAAAUAAAGGUGAUAUGAUCAAGGAGACUUCUUUUGUACCUUUAGUAUAUAUCUUUUAACUGGGAAGAUGCACGUCGUUUAUAUUUAAUUAUAGAGUAAAGUAAGCAUGAGUGGUACCUAAGGUCCAAUUAUGUACCUUAUUAUUUAUUUUUAUGGUGGAACAGCCGUAUAAGCAUUGUACCCUUGAUGUUAACACACCAGUGACAAGGAAAGUAGUUUUGAUGCAUUUAUCUCUUGAGUGUAUGACAGCAAAGAAACCCACUGAUCAUUAUUGGAACUUUAAUCUGAAUCAUGUGUUUUGGGGGGGGGGGGUAUAGUUAUUGUACAAUAUGGAAGAUGAUCAUAGAUGCUUUGAUCUGCUUUUGUUUCGAGUGGUCCACAGAUUUGUAAAGAUACAUUGUAUUAUUAACUCUGCUAAGAAUAUGGUUGUCUCUUCCAGGAGGUUAAGACUUAACCAUCUGUCUUUUAACCAGAUAAUGAUUGAAACAUGCAUCCAAAAUAAUUCUGAAGACAAAAUGUAUAGCCAUCUUUAGUCACAAGAUUUGAACCAUCACUGUUCUGUGAUCCCUAAUUUCCUUUGGAUUCCUCCUGGUACUCCAGUUUUCUCCCACUUCCCAAAGAAACAUGCUGUAGGUAUGAAUGUGUGUUCGUGAUGGACUGGCAUCCCAUCUGAGGUGUCCUCCUGCCCCAUUCCCAGUGUUCCUGGGAUAGCGUUGGAUCCAGCACAACUCCGACCAGCGCUUUCUGAAGAUGAAUGGAUGGAUGGAUGGAUGGACGAAAGAAUCAAAACAAAACAAAAUGGAAGAGCACAUUCAACAUGAAGACUGUCCAUAAAGGCAUAUACCAUAUAUGAUUCGUCUACAAGUCUCUCCAUCUUUACAGGAAGAAUCUGUUAGGCAGCUUCUUAGCAGACAGGCGACAUCUGUAUGGGGGAAAUGACUAACAGCUGGAAUCAGUUUCACCGCGCGCGCUUUGCGAAAUGCUGCACAACUGGAUGUGUAUAGAGGAGCGAUUACAGGGCAGAAGUGGGCUGACACGUCUCCCGGGAUGCGUAAGAAAAAAGUAUGGCUUUGUUGAGGAAAAUAAACCGAAUGCUGUCCAUGAUACUCAUCCUUAUGGCCUUGGCUCUGCUGUACAGCAAAAUGUUCAAAGCACAUCAUCCAGAAAAAUACUCAGAGCUCAGGGACAGCAAGGCCCCAAACCAAACUCUGGACGAUGAAUCUGAGACUGAGACCGACAUUCCCGUUGUGAUCUGUGCAGCAGAAGAGCGUCUCGGAGCCGCCAUGGCGACAAUCAACAGUGUGUAUAGCAACACGCGGGCCAAUGUGCUCUUCUAUAUAGUGACCUUGAGAGAUGCUAUUAAGCUGGCAAGGCAGUACAUUAAGAAAACCAAGCUGAAACAGAUCAAAUAUAAGAUUCUGGAGUUCAAUCCGAUGGUGUUGAAAGGCAAAGUGAAACCAGAUUCAUCCAGACCAGAUCUCCUCCAUCCUCUGAACUUUGUAAGGUUCUACUUACCCCUGCUUGCUAUCAGCAAUCAUAAGAAGAUUGUUUACCUGGAUGAUGACAUCAUUGUUCAAGGAGAUAUAAAGGACCUGUACAGUAUCAAGCUGCACUCAGGACAUGCAGCGGCAUUCGCUUCAGACUGUGACCUGCCUGCUACACAUGAGAUGGUGCGCAGUGUGGGCAUGCAAACAUCCUACAUGGGUUUCCUGGACUAUCGAAAGCAGGCAGUCCGCGAGCUGGGCAUUAACCCCAACGACUGCUCCUUUAACCCUGGUGUGUUUGUGGCUGAUAUUGAUGAGUGGAAGAAGCAGAAGAUCACUAUACAGCUGGAGAAAUGGAUGAGCGAGAACUUCAAGGAAAACCUGUACAGCAGUGCCAUGGCGGGCGGAGUAGCCACUCCUCCUAUGCUCAUAGUGUUCCACAACAGAUAUACAACAAUCGACCCUAAGUGGCAUGUCAGACACCUGGGUUGGAGUCCUGAUGCUCAUUAUCCCCAGUCUGUCCUCCAAGAGGCACAACUGCUUCACUGGAAUGGUCACUUUAAACCCUGGGACUACCCCUGUGUUCACCUUGACCUCUGGGAGAAAUGGUUUAUUCCGGACCCCUCUGGAAAAUUUGUAUUGGUACGGCCUGAAACCUGAAAAAAAUCCCAGAUACUACUUCUAAUUAAAUCUACGACUGAAGACUGGACAUGGUCUGUUUUCAUAAUAAAUUAUACACCAUCA